AUGGGUGUCGAAGAAGUUUUAUCUAGAAAGACCGGUGUUAUUGUCGGUGAAGAUGUUCACAAGUUGUUCAAAUAUGCUCACGAAAAAGGUUUCGCUAUCCCAGCCGUUAACGUUACCUCUUCCUCCACUGUUGUUUCCGUUUUGGAAGCUGCUAGAGACUCCAAAUCUCCAAUCAUCAUUCAAACCUCUAACGGUGGUGCUGCUUACUUUGCUGGUAAGGGUAUUGCUAACACUAACCAAUACGCUUCUAUCCACGGUGCUAUUGCCGCCGCCCACUAUGUUAGAUCCAUUGCUCCAAGUUACGGUGUCCCAGUUGUUUUGCACACUGACCACUGUGCCAAGAAAUUGUUGCCAUGGUUUGAUGGUUUGUUAGAUGCUGAUGAAGCUUACUACAAGCAACACGGUGAACCAUUGUUUUCCUCUCAUAUGUUGGAUUUGUCUGAAGAACCAGAUGAAGAAAACAUUGGUUUGUGUGCUAAGUACUUCAAGAGAAUGAGCAAGAUGGACCAAUGGUUGGAAAUGGAAAUUGGUAUCACUGGUGGUGAAGAAGAUGGUGUUAACAACGAACACAUUCACGCUUCUCGUUUGUACACUACUCCAGAAACUGUUUACAAGGUUCACGAAGCUUUGUCCAAGAUUUCUCCAAACUUUUCUAUUGCUGCCUCUUUCGGUAACACUCACGGUAUGUACAAACCAGGUAAUGUUGUUUUGAAACCAGAAUUGUUGGGUGACUAUCAAAGUUACGCUGCCAAGCAAUUGGGUUUGAAAGAAGGUUCUAAACCAUUGUUUUUGGUUUUCCACGGUGGUUCCGGUUCCAGUGACAAAGAAUUCACCACUGCCAUCAAAUUUGGUUGUGUCAAGGUUAACUUGGAUACUGAAUUGCAAUAUGCUUACUUGACUGGUAUCAGAGACUACAUCUUGACCAAGAAGGACUAUCUUUCUUCCACUGUCGGUAACCCAGAAGGUGCUGGUAAGCCAAACAAGAAGUACUUUGACCCAAGAGUCUGGGUUAGAGAAGGUGAAAAGACUGAAACUGAAAAGGUUAAGGAAAGACUUCACGUUUUUAACGCUGACGGUCAAUUGUAA